AAACAUAAGAAACAGUUUGAAAAGGAAGUGAGAGGACUGAUGUACGGCUUUGGAGAUGUUCCUAAUCCCCUUCCAGAGUCUGUCGAGUUAAUGGAUGAGUUGCUAGUAUGGUUUAUUCAUGACCUGUGCGAAACAGCACAACGGAAAGCUACAGGAAAACUCAAGACAUCCGAUUAUCUGGGUGCAUUGGCAAAAGAUUCAAAAAAACUAGCACGAGCCCAUGAGCUGUUGAAACUGGACAAAGAACUCAAGACUGCUCGGGCUGCAUUCGAC